AUGACGAUUCGAUCUCUUGGACUCCAAAUCAUCGCUCACAUAUAUCUUGAAAUACUCCGUACGAAACCUCAGUCACCCCUGCAUCAGUGCCUAGUUUUGUCGCCAACGCGUAAUCUUCAUGGACGCCGUCAAACGAUUCUUCUCUUCCCCGCGCUUUGCGGUUGCUGGAGCCAGCAACGAUGCGAACAAGUUCGGCUACAAGAAAUACUGAUAGUACUUGCUUGGUAUCAUCAACACUCUCUGCCCGUCACUCCCUUGAAUCCUCGAGCACCACAGAUCGAUCUCCCCUCCAAGUCUUACCAGACUGUCCCUUCGCCUGGCGCUCUGCCUUCUCCCUCUCAAACUUCGCUGUCGGUUGUCACUCCUCCUGCGGUAACGCUGCCUCUGCUUCAGGAGGCUCAUUCGGUCGGGAUCCCGGCGGUCUGGUUGCAGCCGGGGACCUUUGACGAUGCCGUGUUGGAAUAUGCCCGAGAACACUUUGAAGCAGCGAUUGCAGGAGAUGGAGGACGAGGCCACGAAGGCUGGUGUGUGUUGGUGGAUGGAGAAGAAGGAUUGGACGCUGCUGGAGUGCAGUGGACGAGUCAAAAACUGUGA